AUGUCUUGUUUCAUUUACAUAAGGUCCCUUGGCUUCUUCUUGGCCGUGGCGGCAAUGGCCGUCCGCCAGGCAAUGGCCGUGGUCUAUUCUUCCCCUGUAUUCUGUGCCACUCCGUGGCAACCUACUCAUGCUACAUUUUAUGGCGAUGAAACUGCUUCUGAAACUAUGGGGGGAGCGUGUGGCUACGGGAACCUGUUCAGCAACGGGUACGGGACUGACACGGCGGCUCUUAGCUCGGUUCUUUUCAACAAUGGCUUCGGCUGCGGACAAUGCUUCCAAAUAAAGUGUGACUCCAACAACGGCGGCUGGUGCAACCCGCCACGGACCCAUUUUGACAUGGCCAAGCCGGUCUUCAUGAAGAUCGCCCAAUGGAAAGCCGGCAUUAUGCCCGUCAUGUUCCGUAUAGUGCCGUGCGUGCGCCAGGGUGGGCUUCGGUUCAGCUUCCAAGGGAACGGUUACUGGCUGCUCGUCUACGUGAUGAAUGUGGGUGGCGGAGGGGACAUGGCCAGCAUGUGGGUUAAGGGCACGAAAACCGGGUGGAUAAGCAUGAGCCACAAUUGGGGUGCUUCUUACCAGGUCUUCGCCAACCUCGGAGGACAGGCCCUCUCGUUCAAGAUAACAUCAUACACUUCGCACGAGACGAUUGUUGCUUACAAUGUAGCGCUGGCUACUUGGCAAGCCGGCAUCACCUACUCUACUAAUGUUAACUUCCUCUGA